AUGAGUGGGAUAAAGCCCGCAUUGCUGAAAAUUCAGAAAAAAAUUGACAAGAUUCUUGAAGAUAUUGUCACUGAACAUAAGAUUAAGAAAAAAGCUAGUAACAACACCAAUGGUGAUAAGCAAGAUCUGGUGGACACGCUGCUUAAUUAUGAGCAAGCUAAUAAGCCUGAGUUUCAUCUCACAACCAAUCAAAUCAAAAUGGUCACCAUGGACAUCUACUCUGCAGGCAGUGAAUCUUCAGCAACAACAAUCGAAAGGGCAAUGUCAGAGCUACUAAGAAACCCGAGACGUUUUGAAGGUUCUUCCAUAGGCUUCAAAGGGAACAGUUUCGAGUUGCUCCCAUUUGGUGCUGGUAGGAGGAUUUGUCCAGGCAUCUCAUUUGCUACUUCAAACAUUGAGCUUGGACUUGCUCAACUUGUACUUCCAAAUGAUACUAAAUCAGAAGCCCUUGACAUGGCUGAGAAUUUCGGAAUCACAACGAGAAGAAGGAACAAUCUGUGGGACACUUAA